CGGGCCCUGAGCGCCGGCGGCGGGCGCGCACCAUGAACUCUUGGGACGCGGGCCUGGCGGGGCUGCUGGUGGGCACGAUCGGCGUGUCGCUGCUGUCCAACGGGCUGGUGCUGCUCUGCCUCCUGCACAGCGCAGACAUCCGCCGCCAGGCACCGGCGCUCUUCACCCUCAACCUCACGUGUGGCAACCUGCUGUGCACCGUGGUCAAUAUGCCGCUCACGCUGGCCGGCGUCGUGGCGCAGCGGCAGCCGGCCGGGGACCGCCUGUGCCGCCUGGCCGCCUUCCUCGACACCUUCCUGGCUGCCAACUCUAUGCUCAGCAUGGCCGCACUCAGCAUCGACCGCUGGGUGGCCGUGGUCUUUCCGCUGAGCUACCGUGCCAAGAUGCGCCUCCGCGACGCCGCGCUCAUGGUGGCCUACACGUGGCUGCACUCGCUCACCUUCCCCGCGGCUGCGCUCGCCCUGUCCUGGCUCGGCUUCCACCAGCUCUACGCCUCGUGCACUCUGUGCAGCCGGCGGCCGGAUGAGCGCCUGCGCUUCGCCGUCUUCACCGGCGCCUUCCACGCGCUCAGCUUCCUUCUGUCCUUUGUUGUGCUCUGCUUCACGUACCUCAAGGUGCUCAAGGUGGCCCGCUUCCACUGCAAGCGCAUCGACGUGAUCACCAUGCAGACGCUUGUGCUGUUGGUGGACAUCCACCCCAGCGUGAGGGAACGUUGUCUGGAGGAACAGAAGCAGAGGAGGCAGCGUGCCACCAAGAAGAUCAGCACCUUCAUAGGGACCUUCCUCGUGUGCUUUGCGCCCUAUGUGAUCACCAGGCUGGUAGAAAUCUUCUCCACGGUGCCCAUUGGCUCCCACUGGGGGGUGCUGUCCAAGUGCUUGGCUUACAGCAAGGCUGCAUCCGACCCCUUCGUGUACUCCUUGCUGCGACACCAGUACCGCAAGAGCUGCAAGGAGCUUCUGAACAGGGUCUUCAACAGACGCUCCAUCCGCUCCGUGGGCCUCACAGAGUUUCCAUGGAGACCAGGAUGGAGACAGAUGUAACAUCUAAGGAGGCUUUUGACAUUGUUGCUGGCAGAGGUAUGUUCACACCUACCUUGUCAGAGAUGAAACCAGGCCUCAGAGGGGCUCCUCAGACAUUUGUUUGGACCUUGAUCAAGCUCCCGUCAGUCUUCUGGGUGAGCUGAUAGGGUAUGUCCCUUCCUUCCUCUUGAUGAGGGAUGUCACAGAGAUACUUUGAAAUCAGCCAUGGUUGGAGUUUUUGUACCCUGAAAAUAACUGAAGUACUGUAAAUCAGGCCUUUCCCAUAGAGAGCUGCUCAUUCCCCAUUUUCCAGCACAGCACUGCCAGGCAUUUACCACUGGAACAAAACCAUUCUGGUUUGUCAAGAGUCCACUUGGCCCCUCUAGCUCAGAUCAUGACAGUCACUUUUGUAGAACUUGCCUAGAGACAAGUAGCUGUCCACCCUCUGUUGUCCUAACUCCCAAAGUGCCAGGGAAGUUGAGAUCAAGUAGCAGCCAGGACAGCAUGCAGAAGGACUCAUAAGAUCCUACCCAAGAGGUGUCGCAGCCCGGUGGGUGAGGUCAGUAACAGGCGAAGUAAGCCACGAUAUUUGCUGCACCAUGUUGGUCUAGAGGGAAGGUUACCAGACUCUGUUUCCGCUUGCUCUGUACAGCAACAUAUUGCAUUCCCGGUAGCAGCUAGUUCCCUUUGUCCCUUCCUUAGCAAAGAAGCAGGAUCUGCCACCCACAGCACCACAUAUCGGGAAGGAUGCAUGCCAUAAUUUUCACGAUGCCUCUGAAACUGCUUAACAUCUAAUAAAACGAGUUACAUUGGCAUCGUGCCAACAAGAACCCCAGAUAAGUCCUUUGAUGGAGAGUUUUCAUUAUCACUUAGACCCAGACAUGAAAACCCAAGGGAGGUAAGGAGGGGAGGGCUCCACUGGCAACCAGCACCAGCCAACGCUGCCCUGAUUACCUUCCAUAAAUGUUUAUAGUCAUCUCAACACAGUCUCUGGAACUCACCCCCUGGGUUCACUGUUCCCAGUUGAAUGAUCUACCUCAUUUUGGUAAUUUAAUUUAUCAAACAUUGUGUGGUUUUCUCAGGCACCAUGCAGAGAAGCACCAAGACUUCUGGCCUCCAAAGACUCUUGACUUCGGCUAGUUUAAGGCUCCACAUUUACUGUGUACACACUCUGGCUUACAAAGGAAAGGCCUUCCGAUUCCCACAUCUACACAGAGGGCUCCAUUUCUGUUCUAUACAUACUGUUUGCCUUUUAUAAUCACUCUGCUGCCAUUCCAAGUUUACCUUGGGUCCUUUAUAGAAGGUCGGGAUUUCAGAAACCUGGGAACCCUGGGAACAUAGGAUGCUUGGUGAACGUUGAAGCAGUUGGGUCUGGGUCCUUUAUGGCUAGCUAGCUUCCCAUAGACACCUGUCUGUGUUCCCUUGGGAGUCAGGCAGGACUUGGGAACUGGUUUGACUUGAGUCAUCUUUCCGUGCUGUGUUCCUCCAGGCCUUGGCUCAGGCUCCUGACACCCUGAGUAACAAGGUUACGUGUGUUUGUGAAAUUCUUUUUCUUGUCCAUGUGUCUUUCUUCCGAGAAAAGAUAGAAAUAAUGAGGCCAUGCUUGUGUCCUGAUUGUUACCCCUUCCCAGGCUUAGGAUGCAGGUAGUUGUCUGUGCUAACUCUUCAGACUGUCAGAGGAACCAAAAAGCUAUGUGCUGUCGGCAUUUAAACACAGGGUACAAUAAUUUGCCUGCUUUUCCUGGGGACAUUCUGUCAGGUGCCAGAAAUCCCACAGAUCAGCUCAUCCUUUAGCCCACGAAUGCCGUGAGGUAAGAUUCGGAGAGUACAGGUCCCCACUGUCUUCCUGAGAGCCGGAGAAUCUGAGUGGGGGAAGUGGCUCAUACACGUCUCCAUUCUCGUGUCACAGGUGUUGAAUAUGAACUCCAAUGUAUCCUCCCCAGAGGUGAACUCAAGCAAGCUGGGGAGGACUUGGGAUUCUCCUUCCAAGUAUCAGUACCCAGGAAGCUGUCUCAGAUGGUCUUCAAACUACUCCCUUAGGAAAAGUGAUCUUGGAUGUCUUGAUAAAAUAGAGAGGGGUACCAGAGGGGAAGGGGUUUAAAGAUAAUUAAAACGUUGUGUAUAAGAUACACAAAAAUUCAAUAAAAUUUUUAAAAUCUAACCAGCACAAAAAAAGAAAAAAAAUGCAUAGAAAUCCAAGUAUCUCCAAAUGUUGAAGUUGCCCUUAUCUUGUAGCUGUUUACUAAUCCUCCAGAGUUCACAUCCACUUUAUCCAAGAGCUAGUUAUUUCUGUUCUCAGAAGAAUAAGAUGGUUUUCUCCACAAAUCCUUGAAAGCUUGUUUUCAGACAAACUGUCACAGAGCUGGGGCUGCCCCUACUCACCUGUGAAGGCAUUCCCCUAGGUCCUUCCUGGAGAGCAAUCACAGAGGGUUAACAGAAGGGGCACUUUGGGGUGUCACCGGAGGAUGCUGGGCUUGGAACUCAUGUGAGAACCUGGGCCUUAGCGAGCGUCCCUCAGGACUCUUACUUGGCUCUUGGAUAAUCUCUCUCUCUAGGCAGCUUGGUUCUACAUGAUGGUAAUAUCUGAUAUUUGUCUUGCUGUCCAGACACAGAACUGGAAGCAGAGUCAGGCUGAGGCAGGGCUGGAAGAGAUGAAUCUGAAUGCCAGUCCUGGCCGUGGAUCUUUCCUAUGAGCUUCUAGUUUCCUCAGUGUGACUGGUCCUGCCAGCUACUCCCCUGCCCCCAGGAGCAUCUGGUAGUGACGAAGGUUCCUCCAGCGAUUGUGCCCCAAGAGAUGCUCAGCACCAGGCACUGUGCUGAGAGCAGGAGCACCGUUUCCAUUGACCGCUGUGAUAACUUAGGAAGGUGAUACUAGUUUCAUCGCCACUUUUAGGUAUUGAGGGCUCAUCGUCAACCCCAGCCAGCAGUCCCAUGAGCAUCAGUAGGAUGCAGCAUUUUCUUGGAUCUAUGUGAGCCUCCUCAUUCCCUCCAGCAGUGGGAUAUACACAGGAAUGACAGACCGAGCAGGUUGUGGGGAGAGAGUGAAGGAAUUCAACAUUGACAGUUUGCUCUCCAAGGUUCAGAGGAGAAAUCUGUAGGAGCAGCACUCUUUGCAUGUCCCCCCUACCCAGCCAGCUCUUAUUGUCUCCCAUAACCAGGUGGCCAUUGGCUUCUGAGGAGCUUGUCUGCUUCCUGUCUUUGCUUCUGGCCUGAUCUCAGGAAAGUGGCAGGCAUACGUCAGAUUCCCAUCGGUCACUCCACACUUCUGUAAGCCAGCACCUGCUUUGCCAGGCCCUGGAGGAGAUGAGUGUCUAGACGGGCCCAUGUUAAGGGUGUGGCUCGGUGAUAUGGGGUACAGAGAGGCCCGAAGAACUUACCUGGAGGUCCUGGGAGGCUUUGAUGAGACAGAGAGGUUUGGGCCAGAAUGGGCAAUGGGGCAUGUGGCAAGACACUGGAGAUGGGGACCAGCCUGGUGAGAGGCCAUUGGGGCGGGGCUUAGUGUGCAUCCAGGAACAGUGUCCAGUCGGGUGGGACUCAGGAUAUACCCAGGAAGAGCGUCCAUGGUGCUCAGAAGUGGGCAGUUCUAAGACAGAAUGAAUGUCAUCUGCAGUCAGCAGAAGGCAUUUUGAAGAAAACUGACCCUUCCUCCCCCAGCAGCCAUCAACUGCCAAUAGCUCCUUACUAGGGGUGGAGCUUCAUGAGCCCCUCCCCCAUCCAUGGUGGAAUUCUGUCUGCCUUGAUCUUACACAGGUCUUACGCAGCCCACUACAGCUGCCAUGAGUGAAUAUGUGCACUGGGCCCAUCAUAGCCAGAAAACACUGUCAUGAAGCAUUCCUUCUCAUCCUAUGGCUCUUACCAUCUUUCUACUCCCUCUUCUAUGACAAUCCCUGAGCUCGGGGAGCAAGAGGUGUGAUACAGAUGUUCCAUUUAGGGCUGAGCACUCCACAGUUCCCUAUUCUUUAUAGUUUGACUACAUGUGGGUCUCUGUAUUAAGUGCCAUCUACUGCAAAAAGAAAGUUUUCUGAGGGUUGAGAGCUGCACUGAUCUGAAUGAAGGUACAGGGAAGCAAGAGCCCAGAGACCAACAUUUAUUCCCAAUGCCACCAUUCAUUCUUAUUAAUUUAUUAACUUAUUUAUUUAAUUAUUUAUUUUUGAGACAGGACCUUCCUAUGUAGCCCAUGCUGGCCUUUUACUUACUAUGUAGCAUAGGCUGGCUUAAAACUUGCAGCAAAGCCUGCAGCAAUCAGCCAUCCUCAGCCUCCUGGGUGCUGGGAUUGCAGGCAUGCGCCACCACACACCAUCAUAAUUCAUUCUUAAGAAAGCGAAUCCAGCCACGUUCACCAAGGGCACCUCCUCUGACUGAAUCCCAAGUGGGGACAAAUAUGUGACUUCAUCUUCCAUAGGGGAUCUAUGUAGAUAGAUACACCGCAGCUAAUAUCCAUGGGCAGUCUGAGGGGCACUGUCACCAGCCCCUGCAGUCAAAUAGAAGACCACAUAUUGCAGGGGCAGCCAUGUUGCAAAAACUGUCCUCACAUUUCUUAGGCAUUCUCUCUCUGGGGUGGGGGUGUCACACAAAUACACAUCUCACAUUUAAAGGUCAAAUAUAAAUGAAAUCAGUAGUGGAAGAGUGCUGUUUAUCACGCACAUCCAUAUUUAAGGACUUUGAAAAUAAUUUGAAUUUUAGAGUCAAAAGCCUGUGUGCACCCCUCUGAUGCAUAUGCUCUUAGAACCCCGAUAAGUGGUAUUUCCCAUGCCCCCUUCCACAUAUUCCUUGAGUCUGGGCAGUGCCCAUCAUACGUACUCCUAAGUAAGGAAGUUGAGCCCAUGGUUUAAGAGUUUAAAAUCUCUGCGUUUGGAGACAAGUGGUCUGCUUUCACUGUGAGAGUCAUAGAGUCAUCCUCAGAGCCUCAGGGGCUAGAAAGCAUCACAGUGACAUGUCUCCAAAGUGUCUCUGUGACUGGAAUCAGGUCAUUGUGAAUGCUCAGGGCUGGCUGGCUAAAAUCCCCCAUGCCCAGCCCCCAAGCACCCAGUCUGCCAUUGCGUUCCUUCAGUCCCUCUAUGACCAAACCUUUACUUGAAUUAUUACUAGUAACCAAACCCCUUGCUCAAAAAAGCUUCGAAUGCCAAGUUUCCUUACAGACUGAAAUCGUUCCAAACCUCAACAAUCCUGUUUAACAACAAAUGUUUAAAUACAACCUCUUCUGAGCACAGGGACACUUGUGGGGUAUGGUGUCCUGCCAACUCCAUCAGGACCUCUUCAGGGGAAACCCAGCUCACUCUGGGUUGCAGGCAGCUGUAGAAGCCCAACAUCAAUCGAAAAGUUGCCUUUCCCUUCCUUGUAGGCAGCCUGGUUAGCUGACUCAGUGUUAGAUGGACCUCACUUUGUUUUCUAAGGGCUUCUAAGAGAAAGAACUCAAACCUUGCCAUCCGAGGAUGAGCUUCUCAUUUAGUGCGGAGGCUCCUGGGUGGCUGGAAAUCUCUCUCUAGGUUUGUGUCCUGUGUAGUAAUGACAGUAAACACUGUCAGCCAUGUCUGUCUGCCUUUCCUUUCUCCCCAAGGAAGCACAGGGACAUCAUUUUGCCUGGAAUCUAGCAAGAAAACCAUCACUUUCCACAGGUGAGAGGACAGCUUGUUGAAGACCCCCCCUUAACAUGCCUUCCUGGAUGUUCCAGGUCAUGAGGAUGCCAAAGACCAAAGCCUUUGCAUUCCUGCAUCUCCAUAGACUUCCUUUGUUUUUGGUGUUUGCAAAGGAAGGAGGGGAGAUUCCUGUCAUCUAUAGUUUGAAACAUCCAGAGAGUGGUCAGUAUAUGACAUAUGGGCCUGAAAGUAAGGAAAUUUCCAGUGUGUGAUAGCUGGGUGAGUAAUCCAUGUGGAAAUGCACUUCCCGUCUGAACACUUCAGGAAUACUUCUGGAAACUAGAAUUGAGGAAAAUAGAAUUGUCCCUGUCCCGGGACAAAGUGAUCACACUUCAUUGGUUUCUGUAGUGUUGCAAUUCCUCAUACCAGAAUCUUUGGAAGAUGGAUGGCACUUGUGUGUGUUUGUGUAGCCAAAGCUCCAGUCAGCGUGCCCAUGAGUGAGUGUGUACAUACAGAGGAUGUGCAACACAAACAGUCGCACACUGGCAUCCGCACACACAAAAGAAGCAAAAGCUUAGCAUCUUGUAAUGAUUCCUAAUGACGUUUUGACUUUGCUUUUCUCUAAUUUAUGAAACAGAAAUACAUUUCCACUUAUUCUCAGAUAAAAUAUAACUGGUAGCUUCCCCCUCCAAUGUGGAAAUAUUACCUUUUGUUUGAUACACCCGCCAAGAGUUGUUUUCUGUUGAAAUGGAACUCAAGAAAUUUGAAUCCAAGGCCAACGCUGCCUGCUCUGUUUACAAUGGCUUGUGUUUUGUGAAUAUAUAUCAAAUGUUGUAAUAUAUUUUUAUGAUAGAAUUGAUGGUUAAUACAAGGAAAAUACACACAUAUAUAUAUAUAUAUUGUGAUUCUGUCCAAUAAA